AUGUUGUUUUUUUAUUCUCUCAUAGUUCAAGCAUCAUUUGGUCAAGAACGUAUUUGGUUAGAUGAAAAAAUAAGAUUUCAUCAAGAACAACAACAACAACAACAAUGUGGAAUUUAUAAUAUUCCACUUGUAUUUAAAAUAGAAUGUGGUCAAAUGCUCAUAGAAAAAAUACAUCGGUCAGUAAAAUUGAUAAUUAAUAAACAUUCAAUACUACGUACAUCUCUUGUAUACGACGAUGAAAAACAAUAUUUAAAACAAAUAAUAAAUUUACAUGAAAAUUAUUCCUAUCAACUAACCGUCAUUCACGAUCAACAACGACAAAUUGACGAGAUUUUAAGACAAGAAGAAAUAUCUAAUGAAUAUUUUCAUUUGGAUAAAGGUAUUGUACUCAGAUGUCAUAUAUUACAAUAUAAGAGCGAUGACAAUGACAAAGAUGUCUUGAAACAAGGCGAUUUGCUGAUAUUUAAUAUACAUCAUGCGGCAUUUGAUGGUAGUUCAACUGAAAUAUUUAUCAAUGAUUUUAAAUUAGCUUAUACAAAUCAAGUACUUGAUCCUUUACAAUUACAAUAUUUUGAUUAUUCACAAUAUGAGAGAAAAAUGGAUAUGUCAAAAGCUAAGCAGUAUUGGUCACAAUUGUUAGAAGAUUAUUCGUCUCAACAACAACAAUUAUUAUUACCGUGUGACUAUAUGGUAAAAUCGCAUCAGAGAACAGGACAUGGUUCAUCCAUUAGUAUUAAGAUUGAUCCAUAUAUAAUUAAACAACUAAUAUUAUAUGCUGACAAAAUGAAUCUAACAAUGUUUCAAUUAUCAUUAUCUUGCUAUUAUGCAUUCCUAUUUAAACUCUCACAUGAAAUAGAUCUCUGUAUUGAUGUUCUCAAUGCAAAUCGUUAUCAAACUGCAAUACAAUCAUUGAUUGGAAUGUUUGUUAAUAUUUUGCCAUAUCGUUUUCGUCUAAAUCCUCAAGACACAUUUGAACAAUUAGUUAAACAAGUACAACAACUUUGUCUUGAAAUAUCAGAAUUUACCUGUUUUCCUUAUCAGAAAAUUAUUGAGUUAAAUCAAUAUGGUAAUCAAAUAUUACCAUAUCUACAAACAACAUUUUUGUUUGAUACAUCAUCAUCAUCAUCAUCAUCGACAAAAACUAUUUUCGACGAUAAUAUUCAACUAUCUCCAAUAUUAUUGAAUGAGAAAAAUGUAUCAAUAUUUGAUUUUUCAUUACAUAUGAAUUAUGACAACUACAAUAAAACACUAAAAUGUUUAUUUGAAUACUCAACCGAUUUAUUUAAACAUGAUACUAUUCUACAACUAUCACAACGAUUCCAAUGUUUACUUGAACAAUUAUUUACAUCCUCAUUUGAUAAAGAAUACCAACCACUUUAUGAAUUAUCCUUAUUAUUGUCAUAUGAACAACAAAUAUUACAUGAUAUUAAUCAAACAUAUAAUGAUAAUUCAUCAUCACCAUUACUUCAUCAUGUAUUUGUUGAUCGUUGUCAAGAAUUUGAACAAAAAUGUUGUAUUAUCUUAGAUCAACAGUCACUUACCUAUUCAGAAUUUCUGUAUUAUGUACAACUAGUAUCCAUACAAUUAAUACAACACUAUAAUAUUAGACCACAACAAAUCGUAUGUCAAUGUGCAGAACGUUCAAUUGAAAUGUCAAUUGGUAUUUUUAGUGUUCUAAUAUGUGGUGCUAUACAUUGUCCCCUCAAUCCAGAAAAUCCAUACACACGUUUAUUCGAACUCAUUAAUGAUACACAAACAAAACAUAUUCUCAUUCAUUCUCCAACAGAAGAUAAAUUUAUUAAUAUAUCAAAUAAAUCCUUUGCGUAUGGUGAUGGGCACUAUGACCGCCUUCAAUUUAUUAAUAUUCAACAAAUAAUUACUUUCAACGAUAAUUUUAUAAUACCCAUAGAUAAUAAUGCAUUAAAAUUAUUUUCUAAUAUUAAUAUUUCUAAUCAUGAUAUUGCAUAUUGUCUCUUUACUUCUGGUUCGACUGGCAAGCCUAAAGGUAUAUUGAUUAAGCAUAAAAAUAUUCAAAAUCAACUUCAGGCUUUAAAUCAUGUUAAUUGGAUAAACGUGAAUGAUACAAUGUUGCAACUUGCACCAUGUUCUUUUGAUUCAUAUUUAUCAGAAAUUUAUGGUUGUUUUUAUUCUGGUGCACAAUUAAUUUGUUUACAUCCACAAGGUCCACUUGAUUUAGAUUAUACAUCAACAACAAUUCAAAAGCAUCAAUUAUCACGUAUCGACGGUGUACCGCAAUAUGCUAAUUCAUUAUAUCAAUUUUGGGAACAAAACGAAAAAUUUAAAGAUAAUCAAUUUCAUACAAUACGAUCAUUUUCACUUGGAGGUGAGGCAAUAACACCAAAACUAUUGAAUAGUUUUUUACCGUAUUUGUCUUCAAAUUGUGAAAUUAUUAAUUCCUAUGGUCCGGCUGAAACAACAAUAGCAUGUACCUAUUAUGUUCUCAAUUUAGAAGAAGAUGUUAAGUCUAAAUCUAUUUCAAUUGGUAAACCAAUGUUAAAUUAUCAAUGUUACGUUGUGGAUGAUUAUCUGCAACUAUUACCAUUGAAUUAUACUGGUGAAUUAGUUGUUGGUGGAGUCAGUGUUUUUCAUAGUUAUUUGAAUCAGCCUAAUUUAACUGAACGAGUUCUCAUUAAUCUAUCAAAUGUUAAUGGAAAAUGCUAUCGAACAGGCGAUCUCUGUCAAAUAGAUAAUCAAGGUUUAAUUUAUUUUAUAGGACGAAAAGAUUUUCAAGUUAAGCUACAUGGCCAACGUAUUGAAGUCGGUGAAAUAGAACAAACAAUUCUUCAAUCAAAUUCUAGUAUCACUAACUGUAUUGUAAUAAAAAAUGAUGAUGAAUAUUUGAUAGCUUAUGUUGAAACAACCGAUGUAGAUGAAUUAACAAUAAGAGAUUAUUGCCAGCAAUAUUUACCUUCACAUAUGGUACCAUCGUUCUUUGUUCUUAUGAAAAAACUUCCUUUGAAUAGCAACUUAAAACUCGACCGCAAACAAUUACCUAAACCUAAUUUUGCACAAUUAAUGAAAAAUGAAAUGUUAAUUGUUAAUGAACCACAAACACAACAGGAAAAAAAUGUCUAUGAUAUUUGGUGUCAAUUGUUACAAUUAGACAAAAUACCGAGUACAAGAUCAUUUUUUUCAAUAGGUGGUAAUUCUCUGUUGUUAAUGAAAUUAUAUUCACAAUAUCAAACAAAAUUUAAUUUCAAUUUAUCUGUUGGUUCACUUUUUAAACAAUCAACAAUAGGUGAACAUAUACAGUUAAUUAAUAGAGUUUUGAUUUCGCCACCUGAAUCACCUGAACAAUGGAGAACAUUGAAUAUUAUUGAAGGUCCAGCAUCUUAUGCUCAAGAACGAUUUUGGUUUGACGAACAAAUUCGCUUUAGUAGUAAUAAUAGUGGUAGUCAAUCAGAGAAUAAGGUACGCCAUCAAAUAGCUAUUUAUAACAUACCAUAUUUUUACAAAAUUGAAAAUGGUUGCAUGUCGAUUAAAAAAUUAAUUCAUACACUGAAUGUUCUAAUACAUAAACAUUCAAUACUACGUACGUUACUAAAUUAUUCAGAUGAAAUGAAGUGUUUAAAACAAACAAUUCUACCUAUAUCGUCAAAUAUUUUCAAAUUACAAAUAAGUCAUAUAACAGAAAAUGAUGAACAUCAAUUGAAUCAAAAGCUAUUAGAGGAACAAAUAUCAAAUGAUUAUUUUAAAUUGAACCAAGGUUUAGUAUUUCGAUGUCAUGUAAUUCGACGCGAAUCCAAUGUCAAUUACAAUGAUGAUGAUCUGUUAGUUAAAGGUGAUAUAAUUAUAUUUAAUUUUCAUCAUUGUGCAUUUGAUGGUGUAUCAUUUGAAAUAUUUGUUAAUGAUUUUAUAUUUGCUUAUGAAAAUAAUAAAUUAGAUUUGAAUAAUGAAAUGCUAAUAAAUUAUAUUGAUUAUUCUCAAUAUGAACGACAAAUGGAUAUGUCUAAUGCACAACAAUAUUGGCGAAAACUAUUAAAUAAUUAUGAUAGAAAUAAAGAAUUACAAUUACCGUAUGAUUAUAGAUUAUCAACACAAAUACGUACUGGACGUGGUUCACAUGUUUUCAUUCAAAUAGAUAAAGAACUCACGUAUAAAAUACUACAUUAUUCUAAUAAAAAAGGUAUUAGUCUAUUUCAACUUUUAUUAUCGUGUUAUUUUAUUUAUUUAUUUAAAAUAACACAAGAUGAAGAUUUAUGUAUAGGUGUAUUAAAUGCAAACCGUUAUAGACCGGAAAUACAAUCAUUAAUUGGACUAUUUUUAAAUCUAAUACCUUAUCGUUUACAAUUAAAACCUUGUGAAACAUUUGAACAAACAUUGGAACAUGUUAUAGAAUUAUAUCUUGCUAUAACAGAUUAUUCUUAUUUACCUUAUCAGUUAAUAGAACAAUUAUAUAGUAAUGAUGAUCAUAUGCAACCACAAACAAGAGCAAUCUCGUCAUCAUUAUCAACAAUUUUACCCUAUAUACACACAACAUUUCAAUUUCAUACAUUAGCCAAUACGAAUCGUAUUUAUUUAAAUGAAAAAACUAUAUGCUUGUCUGAAAUGUCAUAUAAUCAAAAACAUACAUCAGAAUUUGAUUUAUCAUUGAUUAUGGAUUACUGUAGUACGGAUAAAUUACUUCUAUGUUAUUUUGAAUAUUCUCAAGAUAUAUUUAAAUAUGAAACAAUUGCUCAAAUGGCUGAUAAAUUUAAAUUUUUAUUGGAACAAUUAUUUUUAUUUUCCACCCAUUUGCAUCAUCAACCUAUAUAUAAAUUAUCACUUAUUCUACCUCAGGAAGAACAAUUAAUAAAUAAAUUAAAUCAAACAUCCAUAGUUGUUGAUCAACAGUCACAAUUCAAUGCUGUUCAACACUUAUUUAUUCAAUGUACACAAGAAUUUGGACAAAAAGGUUGUAUUAUUUUAGAUCAACAAUGUUUAACAUAUUCAGAAGUACUCUAUUAUGUACAAUUGGUAUCCGUACAAUUAAUAGAAAAGUAUAAUGUUAGACCACAACAAGUUAUAUGUCAAUGUUUAGAACGUUCAAUUGAAAUGCCAAUUGGUAUAUUAUCAAUUUUAAUGAACAAUUGUAUUUAUUGUUCUCUUAAUCUAAAUGAUCCGUUAGCACGUUGUUUAACAUUGAUUGAUGAAACACAAUCAAAACAUAUUUUUAUUCAUUCAUUUACAAAAGAUAAAUUUAUUCAAGUUAAAAAUGAUAAUACUGUUCAGUUUAUUAAUGUUGAACAAAUAAUUAAUGAUAGUUGUUACAUCUAUAACAAUAUGUUUGAUUAUAAUUUAUUAUCAAAUGUUAUUACUAAUAUAGAUAACGAUAUUGCUUUUGUUCUCUUUACAUCUGGCUCAACUGGAAUUCCAAAAGGAAUUUUGAUUAGUCAUAAAAAUACUCGUAUACGCAUAAAAAGUUAUAUUGAAGCAGAUAUAAUUAAUAAAAAUGAUAUUGUUAUACAAGCGGCACAAUGUUCAUUUGAUGUUCAUUUAGAAGACAUAUUAGGUUCAAUAUCAUGUGGAGCACAAUUAGUUUUAUUACAUUCAAAUGGUUUACUUGAUCUUGAUUAUUUUUCAAAUACAAUACGAAAUAAUUAUGUAACACAUGUCGACGUUGUACCAGAAUAUGCAAAUAGAUUAGCAGAAUUUUGGCAAAAUAAUCUUUUAUAUAAAACAAAACAACUUGAUACUAUACGUUGUUUUAUACUCGGAGGUGAACAUAUGAAUUCAAAAACGAUCAAACUUCUACUACCAUUUCUUACGUCUAAAUGUAAAUUUUUCAAUUUAUAUGGACCAGCUGAGGCCACGCUCUCAGCUACAUGUCAUUUAAUUCAAAUUGAAGAUUUAGAAAAUCAUUCCAUUCCUAUUGGUUAUCCGUUUGUAGGUAGUUCAUGUUAUAUUCUUGAUGAUUAUCUACAACCAGUAGAAAUUAAUCGUGUGGGAGAAAUGUUUAUUGGUGGUAGUUGUUUAUUUCAAGGUUAUUUAAAUCGUCCGGAUUUGACUGAGCAAGCUUUGAUUAAUAUAUCAGUACAUGGUGAGAAACAAAGAGAAAAAGUCUAUAAAACAGGUGAUUUAUGUAAAAUAAAUUCAACUGGACAACUUUUAUAUGUUGGUAGAAAAGAUUUUCAAGUAAAAUUGAGAGGGCAACGAAUUGAAACAGGUGAAAUUGAACAAUCAAUAUUCAAAUCGUCUACUGAUGUCAGUAAUUGUGUUGUCAUGAAAUAUGAUGACUAUUUAGUUGCUUAUAUCGAAUCAACAGUGAAUGAUCAAACCUUAUUGAAAAUGAAAAUUAGACAAUAUUGUCAAUUAAAUUUAGCAAGAUACAUGAUUCCAUCAUUUUUCAUUAUUCUCGAACAAUUUCCACUUAACAUAAACAGAAAACUUGAUCGUAAACAAUUACCUGUACCGGAUUUGAAUCAACUUUUGAAUAAUCAAGAAGAAAAUACUAAACCUAACACAGCAUUGGAACAAUCUCUACAUGAUAUAAUUGUUGAAGCAUUGAAUUUUCCAAUGACUACUGAAAUAAAUUUGAAUUCAUCCUUCAAUGAAUUAGGUGUUACCUCAUUUGGAAUGAUGAAAAUUUUAACGUUAAUACGUAAACGAUUGUAUUCUAAAGUAAGUAUUCCACUUUUAUUUUCCAAUUCAUCUAUUUAUCGUUUAUCGAAUGCAUUAAGACCUUUAAUUAAUAAUGAUAAUGAAAGAUGA